UAGAGAAAUAUAAAAGGAUUAUUUUCAUGAACUUGAGGAAAAAAACACGUAUUUUUUUCCUAAUACUUGGAUAUUCUUCACAAGACUUACAAUGAAUUCGGUCAUUAUCUUCUUCGCAAUCCUUAUAUGCCCGCCAAAAUGCUUGGAAGCUUAUCCAGAUAAUUGUUACGGCAAAAACCCGUUAGCGAUGUUUACUAGCUGCCCUAAAUUUGUCAAAUGCCCACCCGGUUAUAGCCUAACCCGAGACCGGAUUAGUUGUUGUGCCACUUGUGCCGAAUUGACUACCGGCCUUUGUACUACCUUCAACUCCAGUCAAAGGAUUCCACAAAAUGAUAACUUUAUCGAUUCGAUUGUAGAUUCCAAGGAUUUUGGUGAAGCUAUAUGUAAUUCGGAGGCAAUUUGCCUUGUAGAACCCGGUUACAAUGGACUAUGCUUGGAACAAGAAUCGCUCAACAACCUAUUGUGUCCAGUGGAGUAUAACUAUAGGAAUUAUUCAGGAUGCAAAAUUAUCGGCGGCUUAUGCUUGUGCCAAUCCAUAAGGAUUUGCGAUAAAUAUGACGUUCUAUUUCCAUUCCGUGAUCUCGAAGAAUGCCAGGAUUCACUGAAUUCCUUCAAUUCCGAUUUUAAUCAUAUUGAAAGGUACAAAAGAGCCAUAAAUGAGGAUGCCAUCACAAAUCACAAAUGCCCAUCAGAUUCAUACCCAGUAUUUCUAAACUCCAGUCGCGAUAAUGGUAUUCGAAAUUUUCCUGUUCAUUGCGAAUGCAAUGUUAGUGCUUGUUUGACCCCUCAAAAAGCGUGCCCUCAAAAUUUAGAGCAAAUUCUAAAAGAAGGCUUAUCAUCAUCACUUAUAGGUUAUAAAACGGUUCAAUUAAGGCCGGGGUACACUGAACACCCAGGAAAAUGUUGUCCAGUAUUCGAGUGUCUUCCCAUUUACGAACUCUUCAAAGAAGAAAGCAAUUUUACUAAAGACGAAAAAGAUGUUUGCUAUGAAACUAUUUGUCCGAACGAAGAGAGGAAUUUCUCCUGUUCCGGGGAUAGUAUAGCUUUGCCCAACAUUUUUGAGCCCAAAUAUUGUUGUUCUGUUCCACAAGGUUGUCAAUGUUUGAAAGAAUUAUGCGAACCAACAGGUAGUACCAUUUGUAGAAAUGGAGAGUGGCCAGAAUUGAUAAAGUUGAGCAAUGGUAUUCCUGGAACAUGUUGUGAUUUUUACGAAUGCAGAAAAAUUACUACAAUUUUACCAGCUCAAGAUAUAAAAAUAGAAGAGAAGGAUACCAAAACUAGUUGCAAAUUCAACCAAAAAGUGUACUAUGAUGGCCAGGAAUGGUUUUCCGGCGGGGAAAAUUGCGUUAAAUGUUAUUGCAAAGCUGGGUUGACCUUUUGCAGAGUUCUAAAGUGUCGAAAAAGGAAAGGUGAUUGUAUUGAUGUAGAGGAUCAUAACGAGAUCCGAGGUGGAGGAAAUUUAACUAGUUGUUGUUCCCAUUGCAACAAAGAAAGCCAAAAUAUUACUCCCAGUGUAUCUUUAGAAUAUAUCAAAUUCACCAAAAAUAACGGCAUUAUGUAUGACAAUAUUUGCACUUUGGAGAAUGGGCUGACUUACCGGAUCAAGGAAACGUGGAAAGAGAAUGAUUGCGAGAUAUGUGUAUGCAUGGAAGGAGGGAAGGUAGAGUGCACUUCUCAGAUGUGUUCCCAUCCUAAACAUUGUUCCGCAAAUGAUAUAGUGUCAGUAGCGGGGAUAUGCUGCCCAUUAUGCCUAAAUGAUACCUUUAAUAUGUUCAAUGUAACCAUGUCAAAGGUAGCCCCUGUACCAGGGUUAUUAACAAACGAAGAAUUGGAAAUACUGCUUUACCCUCAUAACAACAGCGUAAACGAUUCUUCAAAAAUUUCCCCGCCAAAUUUCCAUUGUUUUUCUAGUACCUUAAACUUGUACUUUGCAUCCGAAGAGACUUGGAAGGAGGAUUGUAGGAUCUGUUAUUGCAUGGACGGCGUAACAAUGUGUACCUUAAUUUCUUGUUCUAUACCCAAAUGUGAAAAACCGUAUUUUGAUAAAGGAGAUUGCUGCCCGCGAUGCAAAGAUUCAGAUAAACCAAUUCCAUAUUCAAACUACACUAUAUGCGACGGCGAAGAGAAAUAUAUCGAUAAAGCAUUUAUACCCCCUGACAGGAUAAGGACAGAAAACAAUUGGACUCUCCCUAAAACAUUCCCUUAUGAAAGGGAGUUGAUCUCUAAUUCCUACGAUUCUUGGUGGGUAGAUAAAUGCAUCCUUUGCACAUGCAGCCAACGGUACAGGUUAGUCUUUUGCUCCGUUGAUAAUUGCCCUCCUGCUCCCUGCAAUUUUCCUCAGAAAAAUGACAAGAGUUUAUCGGAGAGAUUGAAGGGUUCAAAUAUUGAUGCCAACUCUGGUUGCUGUUCAAGUUGUUUAGAGGAAAUCCCAUUCAGCCCCUCGAAAAAAAUCGAUACGUCUAGAAAAAACUCCUGCAAAAGUCGAAAUGUCACGUACGGUCACGAAUCAGUGUGGAAGCAAGAUGCUUGUACCGGAUGUAAAUGCUCUUUUGGCAAAAUCAAAUGUUAUUCUCAAAUAUGCGCCAAACAGUAUUGUCCGACGCCAUAUCUGCAAAAAGGGAAAUGUUGUCCCGUAUGCUUAGGUAACGUUGGGACAAUUUCGAAUGUUUAUCAUAAUCCCACCGAUCCUUAUAGAGUAAAUCGCUAUAACAAAACUCCUCUCAAUUUAAACUUCUUCUCGCGGACGGCGAAUAAAUUAUUCGAAAGUUUAUUCCUACGGAACAAAGAUGCACCUACCAUCAGGCUAUACUUUCUAUUGGCUUUCCUCCUGACACUAAUUUUAUGCGUCAUAUUAUUCGCUCUCGUAAUUUACUUGUCGUUCUACAUAAUACACGUUCUAGGUGGCAAGAAGAAACAUUCCAAUACGUUACAACCUUAUUUCAUAGCCAACGUCUAUGAGGAAGAGGAUGAGUACCUCAAAAAAAAGUCGCCCUCCGAUGGCCAUAACCGCCAAUCAUUGCUUAAUAAUCUAUUUUGGCCUUCUCAUUUCUUUAAAAACUCGUUUUGCUUCAAGAAACCUCCGGAAUAUCGAGACGGUGAACUUAAUAAGAGUUGUUCUAUCCUCAAGGAAAAUUUAAAUCGAGAAUUGAUCGCCACGAUAAAAUCCAAUAAUAAAGCUAAUAAUCACAUAUCUCUUCCCAUGGCGAAUGAAUGCGAAUCCAAACCUUUCCUGGAUGAAAAAUCGGUAACCUUGCCAGAACCGGAAUCACCUAUUGAUAAACUGCAAUUAAUGAAUGAAGAUAUGGAUGCUAAUGAGCUACGAGAUGAUCACGAGGAAAUAGGUAAUAAAAAAAAUGAUGAUUCUACUCUGAGCGACAAUAUCAUGCAGUUCAAUAAAUCUUAUUAUUAUUUAACUACUUUGCCUAAGUCUUCCGAAGAAUACCCAUUUGAAAAAAUGAUUUAACAAAAAAAACAUUUUUUUUACCUAAGGAACUAAUAUUUAUUGUAAAAAUGCUAUCAUUAAAAUAAAACUUAAAAAAAACAUCAAUUGUUUUAUUUAAUAUUUUUUUUUGCUCAAAUUUAUUUAUUCGUAAAUAAUAUAUAUAUAUAUCUA